AAGUAAUUUCUAAAAAAUUCUACGUCAUGAAUACGAACCAAAAAAAUCUGUUGUGGUAUUAUCUAGUUUGAUGUUUGCAUGCCAUUGCUAAUAUUGGCCCUUUUUAUGUUUCUUAAACUUAUCAUCAUAUGAAACUCUGUCAGUCACAAUUGAAACAAAGGUAGCAUCACGUCGGUUAUGAUCAAGGUCUAUAGCUGUUGCUACAUCAAAAACACGGGCAUAAGGGCGGAGACAUGAUAGAGCACAACGUCAACACAGAAAAUCUAUGUAAACUUCCAGUGGAGAAAACGACUGGCAUAGAAGCAGUGGAUGAAGUGGCACUGGAUGUAAGGUGGCAAGGAGAAUUAACAUUAUGUUGUCGUGGCGAUAAUUUCAUAAUGGCUAUGGGUGAGGGGAACUAUGGUGACAUAAACCUGGAAAAUUUUGUAGCGUGUUGUCUCCUUGUGUGGUUGGGAACUGUGUUGGAGAAGAACACUGUGGUUAUACUGGGUGCUGUGGAGUCAGACCCUGUGAUGGCGUAUUAGAUGGAUGCUCACCUGGGCCAGUCGUUCCAGGACGCGAUUUGUGGGGCGCUGGUAGCCACCAUGUGUUACCUCAACACUAAACGGCCGCACUUGCUCUCGGAUCACCACUUACCCAUUACACAAGCACAGCCGUUGAAUACAGAAUGGACCCAAAUUGAAGUAAUUGACCUAAUAAAUGAUGGAACAGGACUGGGUUUUGGCAUCAUCGGUGGUCGUAGUACAGGAGUGGUGGUUAAAACCAUUUUACCAGGUGGAGUGGCUGACUUGAAUGGACGACUUCACAGCGGGGACCAUGUGCUGCAGAUAGGUGAUGUCAACGUGAGAGGUAUGGGUUCUGAGCAAGUCGCCGCAGUCCUUCGUCAGUCGGGCACUCACGUGCGACUGAUUGUGGCCCGGCCUGUGAUGGAGCCAUCCCCUAUCCCCGUGCCUCAUGCCCCAAUCGUACCCACACAUCAGCUGGAGAGCCACAUUCAGCAGAUCAACAGAUUCCUGGAGGGCACAGACAUCCAGGCUAUGUCUGAGGAUAACCUCCAACAGCAACAACAGCAACAACAACAACAGCAGCAGCAGCAGCAGCAGCAGCAGAUGCAGCAACAACAGAGCAUGGACGGACUUGUGCAAGUCCAUAUACCACCAGAGUUCCCCGAGGUUGAGUACUUUGACGUGGACCUAAUGAAAGAUGACCAGGGCUUGGGCAUUACUAUAGCUGGCUACGUAGGCCGGGAGAACUCCCCUGAUGAACUCUGUGGAAUAUUUGUGAAAAGCAUUGGUGAGGGAAGUGCUGCUGCUCAGGAUGGCCGGAUACAGGUUAACGACCAAAUCAUACAGGUAGACAACCAGGUGUUGACAGGAUUUUCUAACCAUGAGGCUGUAGAGGUUCUCCGUAAGACAGGACAGAUGGUACACCUAAAACUUGCACGGUACCAGCAUGGUCCGAAAUUUGAGAAACUUCAACAGUACCUGUCACAGCCAAUGGGGAUGCACACCAUUCCGCCUUACAACAUGGCCCCAGGCAUGGACAUGUCCACUAUGGUGCAGGAUCAGAACCACCAGAACCUCAGCCUGGAUGACAUCGGCUUUCUCACAGACGAGGACUACACUGGUGAGUUGCUUCCUGACACGGAGACUUCUAUCAGAGCAUGCUGGGAACCAAUCAUUGGCGAGGAGUUUGAAGUUGUGGUGGCCCAGUUGUCUAAGUUCAAGGAAGGGGGUGGGCUGGGAAUCAGCCUGGAGGGCACAGUGGAUGUGGAAAAUGGAAAAGAGGUUCGGCCACACCACUACAUACGUUCCAUUCUUCCUGAUGGACCUGUGGGUGUCAAUGCAAGACUCAUGAGUGGAGACGAACUUCUGGAGGUCAAUGGCAAGAGACUUCUAGGGCUAAACCACAAGGAGGUAGUAGGUAUCCUCAAGGAACUUCCUCAAAAUGUUCGUCUGGUGUGUGCACGCCGAAUACAAAAGCCUUCCAAUGAUAUCUAUGCACAGCAGGAGAACCAAUUCCACAGCUCACAGCUUAACUCCGGGGUGAACGAGGUCACGCCCAUCUCUGACCGGCUGGUCAAGGCAAAGUCGGAGAUGGCACUCGCAUCAGUGGACAGUACUCCCAUCCAAAACUCCCUCAACAAAAUGAAGUCUCGGUCACUGGAACCGCUGACUAACCUAGCCAUGUGGAGUGGGGAGCCAGUUGUGAUUGAGCUGAAAAAGGGAGACAAGGGGCUAGGAUUUAGUAUCCUGGAUUACCAGGACCCCGGAAACCCUACAGAGACUGUGAUAGUAAUUAGAAGCCUUGUCCCUGGGGGCGUAGCGCAACAAGAUGGCCGACUUGUGCCAGGCGAUCGACUCAUUUUUGUCAAUGAAGACAAUCUAGAAAACGCUAAUCUGGACGAGGCUGUUCAAGCUUUGAAAGGUGCUCCCAAAGGAAUAGUACGAAUCGGUGUUGCCAAACCCUUGCCAUUAGGAAAUAAUGCAUUCCAGACUACAAAUAAUGGCCAGAAUGCUACCUUCCCUUUGAAUCACCAUAGCUACAUGGAGGGUGGGUAUCACUUCUCAAGCCUUCCACAGCCUCCUCAGCAUAUAGCACACUCCGCCGAAAACUUACAACGACUUCCCGAGCAAGACAGCUACCCCUUCCCUGUUUCCAUGCAAGAACAUGCCGACUCAUUCUCCAGUGGUGAGAAAACGGACGGCCACAAAUCAAAUCGUGAUAGUUUCUAUGAGAGUGAUGAAGACACUGGGAUUGUUUCACCUAAUAAUCCCGCCUCUGUUAAACCAAUGACCACGCCUCGGACUCAUAUACACAAAAACAUGGCGUCAGGGUCAUACGAGAAUGACAGUGUUGUGUUAAGUCUUCAGCAACAGCAACAAGCAGAACUUGCUGUGGACCAGACACCUCCCACCCCUCAACCACGAACUCUCCUACCCGACUACGAAAACUUAAUAAAAACAACACAGCCAAAAGUAACGCUUGAACCUUCUAAGUUCACAUCAGAAAGUCCACAUUCAGUGUCUCCUGUGGAGUAUGAAAAUGCUCUCCCAACUUACGAGGAAGCCACGGCAGGUGACCUCGACGAUAUGUUUUCAUCGGUCCCUCCAAUUCCAGAUGGACCUCCCCCUCCUGUACCACUUCGAUCGGAAUCUCAAACACAGCAGUAUCCGGUGGAAGAGGUGAUUCAAAAGGAGGAGGAGAGAACGGUUAGGGCAAGUCCCUCAUCUGAUGAGCCUGUGAUAAGUGCAGUUGUGUCCCCGUCUGACAAAAAGGUGUCCUCGCCCAAGCGGACACCUCCCCCGAUCCCUCCUAAACCGGCACCUCCCAAGGCUCUGCUGAUACAAGUCAAGCCUAAGGAAACACCUCCCCCUCUUCCAGCCUCCUCUCCCCCACAGUUAGACCAAGCUGGUGCUGCAGGCUUAAAGAUCAGCCCUCGAAUUCCUCGGCACCGUCAGACGGACAGUCUAGAUAGUUCUUUUUCAUCGUCAUCAGAACAGGCCCCAGCUGCAAGUGACCUUAACAAGUCUUCGCCCUGUUCGUCCCCCCGGACGAUGUCCCCAGGUCGUUCACCUAUGUCCUCCCCAAACCUACGACGCACCCUCUCCGGAGGCUCCGACUCACUACCCCCAUCUUUAGAGAAAAAGUUGAAGCUAAAGAAAGGGAAGGAUGAACUAGGUAUGACAGUGGAGGCUGUAGACAAGGGAAUUAAUGGCUGUUUGGUCAAGACUGUGUUACACUCGGGUGCGAUCGGCAAGGACGGGCGUAUUCAAUCUGGCGAUUACAUUGUUGCCAUCAACAAUGAGAGUUUGAGGAAAAUCACCAAUGCCCAGGCACGGGCUGUAAUCCGCAGGGCCACUCUGCUUGGCCUUAACAUAGAGUAAGUGUACUGUAUUCUA